AUGCCCCUUUUCAACAACACAUUGAGUGGCAUAGGAAAGGACAAAUAUCAAGAUGAGUUUCUAGAAAUUAUUGCUAAUAACAUAAAGCAAAGAAUAAUACAAGACAUUUUGGAUGCAAAAUAUUUUUCCUUAACAUUUGUCUGCACUCCAGGUAUCAGUCACAGUGAACAAAUGACUCAGACGGACCAAGAAAGAAAAAAAAUGCCUGAUGAGUUGUGUAACAGUGAAGCUCUUGCAAGUGUUGAAAAUGUGUACCAAGUGGCUAUGUUAGAAAUCAUUGACCGGAUGAUUACAGAACUUAGUGACAGAUUUAAAGCUUUGAAUAAUGUAAACAGCAUGUUUGGAUUUUUGAGUGGUGUUAAAAUUGAAAAAAUGCAGAUAGCAGAUUUAAGAAGAAUUGGCAAAUAUAUACUCAGCUGA